CACUUUAUUACCCAUCCGCUCGUCGUAUCCCCAAACUGUAAACUCCAUGAUUGAUCCAUCCCAUCUCUGCUCGACAAGACGUGCUUGUGCAACCAGUGACACACGCAAAAAAUAAAACAAAAAGAAAAAGACGAAGCAAUCAGUCUUGUCGUCCACGUACAGGAGUGACUUGCACGCUCGUACACGCCAACCACAAUAACAACAGCCGAGAGCACCUCCUUGUUGCCGCAUGCAAGCAAUCGCCAUGUACGGAUUUGUGCCUACGUGAUCCUCCGCCCCCCGUAUCGUGAUCCAAUUGCACGCCGGGGCCGGCUCGCCUUGUCCGCAUCCUGGACCACGAAACCGCGGGCACGUCAGCUCAAGCAAGUGACCAAGAUCAACGCUCCUCGGACGACGGCAACUCCACUCUGCCCAAGUCCCACCCGAGUUCCACCUCCUCACAAGAAACUGGUUGUUGACGGAGGCUUUGGCCUUGGAUCCAGUGGGUCCUGUCUCCUUCCGAAACCGUUUGAUUUCCAUGGACAUGUAGUUCCAAUCGCCCAAGCCCGGCACAUGAUGCGUGCCUGCUUUGUAGGCAUAGCGAGUCGUAUCUUCUGUUCGUAUAGGUACCGGCAUCAUUCUAGAAGACGAAGAGGACUGCCUUGGUUCAGACAGCGUCGGUCAGCCAGACCGACACCAACUUGUAGCGCCGUGUAGCGUGGAAUGUGCAUUGCAUCGUCCUACCGUGUCUGAACAAGGGAUUCGUGGGUUUGACACGGCCGUAGUGCAUCCAUCAAUUCACCCAGGCGGUAGUGUACAUUCUGAAGACGCCAUCCACGCCACCCACCCAAAGCACUCGAUGCAAGGCAUGCCAUGUAGGUACCUGCUGUAGAUACUGAUGCAAGGCAAACCGCUCAUUCGUGGGGCUCGGUGCGACAGCAACAUGAUCAGACAAGCCCGAGUCACCAUCAUGACGAUCAAAGUGCCGCUCCUCCCUCUCACUCCACCUCCAUCUUCUCCUCGUCGACCUAAUUCGAUCGUCUUCUCUCCCUCUCCAUGCAGGUAGCGGAGACACGGCAUCGACAUGCACGUAGACUGGGACAUCCUGGAGGAACAUCGCGCGCGCUUUGCCCGAGGUGCUGUUAGUCUCGUGUGCGAGAUUUCGUGGGGCUCGGUCCUUGGUGGCCUGUCAUUGGUCGGAUUGCGGAGCGAAAAAAGAAACCUCCAUCCGCGCGCCUCCAUCUCCGACGUCCAGAAACCUGUCCAGUGUCGACCUCUCAUCCGUAUACUGACUAACUAACCCGGUACAUGCUUUGCUGGCCGCGCCUCUUGCAACAUCGUGUACCCCCACUAAAUCUUCUUUGGAUGACAUCUUGCCGUGCCGCCCUCAUCAAGUCCGCAGGCAAUCGAGCAACCCAACGCCACCCGGCCCACCCGACCACCAUUUCGUCCUUCUUCUUGCGACAGACAGAACAGCUCACCCCAAAAGCCGCCUUGCAACAUGGAAGCUGAAAUCAGAGCCCAGAUCCCGGACAUUGAUCCCAUCCUAUCCCAGUACUCGGUUGGCUACCUGACCCAUGCUGCCAACUCCUUCACCACCGACGCGGACCCCAAUGCUCCCUCUCCACUCGAGGAAGCUGCCGCUGCCGUGUCCGCUUUGCUGCUCUCCGCCUCUGGAGAUCUGUCCCCUCAGAACGAGAUCACCGUGCAAAAUCUGGUUGACAAGUUCAUCUCCCGCCUGAAUGCCGCAAAUGGCGCCGAUGGCGAGCGACGCCAGAUGGCACCAUCAGCCAGGAAGCUGGACCAAGCUAUCCACGUGGGCUCGCGGACGCACAUGUCCACCACCUUGGGUCUGGCUGGUGGCGGUGUUGAUCUUGAAUCCGCCAAUGCUCGCAAAGUAGAAUCAAGGGUAGAUCGUAAGAAACUCGAAAAGGCCGAACGCAAACUCAAAGCCAAGCAAGACCGUAAGGAGUUCAAGAAUGUCGAGUACGAAGCUUCUAAGCUGCUCAAUCUGCCUUCGGAGACGCAGAGCUAUGAAGAGUUCUACAUGCAGGUCAACCCGCUCAUGCUGGGCUCGGAUGCUACCUCCAAGAGCAAGGAUAUCAAGAUUGAUAGCUUUGACAUUUCCAUUAGCGGGCAGCGAAUCCUUUCAGAUAGUACAUUGACUCUAGCAUACGGACGAAGAUAUGGUCUCGUGGGUCAGAACGGUAUCGGUAAAUCUACUCUCUUGAGGGCCCUCAGUCGUCGUGAAGUCAACAUUCCUACCCACAUUUCCAUCCUUCACGUGGAACAGGAAAUUACCGGUGACGACACUCCAGCCAUACAGGCUGUAUUGGAUGCUGAUGUCUGGCGCAAACACCUUCUCAAAGAACAGGAUAAAAUCACUGCUGAACUCGCUGCGCUUGAAGCUGAGCGUUCAACGCUGGCCGACACAUCAGCAGAUGCGGCCGGCCUUGACAAGCAGCGCGAAGGUCUCGACACCACCCUCAGUGAUAUCCACUCUAAACUCUCAGAGAUGGAAUCAGACAAGGCAGAAUCUCGAGCAGCCAGCAUUCUGUUUGGUUUGGGCUUCUCAAAAGAGCGCCAGCAGUUUGCUACCAAAACCUUCUCUGGUGGUUGGCGAAUGCGGCUGGCGCUUGCAAGAGCUCUGUUCUGCGAGCCUGAUCUCCUUCUUUUGGACGAACCGUCCAACAUGUUGGAUGUUCCUUCCAUUACUUUCUUGUCAAACUACCUCCAAACCUACCCUAGUACCUUGCUGGUUGUUUCCCACGACAGGGCGUUCUUGAACGAAGUGGCGACAGAUAUUAUCCAUCAGCACUCGGAACGACUAGACUACUACAAGGGUGCCAAUUUCGAUUCGUUCUACGCGACAAGGGAAGAGCGCCGCAAGACAGCCAAGCGCGAGUACGAGAAACAGAUGGGCGAGCGUGCGCACUUGCAAGCUUUCAUCGACAAAUUCAGGUACAAUGCUGCCAAAUCUUCAGAAGCGCAGUCGCGAAUCAAGAAGCUCGAAAAAAUGCCUGUACUACAAGCGCCGGAAGCCGAAUACAGUGUUCACUUCAAAUUCCCUGAAGUGGAGAAGAUGUCACCGCCGAUCAUUCAAAUGAGCGGGGUCACUUUUGGUUACAAGCCCGAUAACAUAUUGCUCAAGAACGUUGAUCUCGAUGUGCAACUGGAUUCUCGAAUCGGCAUCGUCGGGCCUAACGGUGCAGGUAAGACGACGGCUUUGAAGCUCCUCAUCGGUUCCCUAUCACCCACCUCAGGCUUGAUCUCGCAAAAUCCACGUCUGCGGGUUGGCUUCUUCGCCCAGCACCACGUCGAUGGAUUGGACCUCAACGAUAGCGCUGUAGGUUUCAUGUCCAAGCAAUUCCCGGGCAAGACGGAUGAAGAAUAUCGGCGUCAUCUUGGUGCCUUCGGUAUCACGGGCAUGACGGGUUUACAGAAGAUGGAACUUCUCUCUGGAGGUCAAAAAUCUCGCGUUGCCUUUGCGUGCCUGUCAUCGCAGAACCCACACAUUCUCGUGCUAGACGAACCGUCCAAUCACUUGGAUAUUGAAGCCAUGGAUGCGCUCUCGGAUGCACUACGCAAGUUCGAGGGAGGUAUUCUCAUGGUCAGUCACGAUGUCACGAUGUUGCAAAACGUGUGCACGAGUCUGUGGGUGUGUGACAAUGGCACGAUUGAGCACUUUGACGGAACGGUCAAGGACUACAAGCGCAGGAUCACGGCACAGGCCAAUGAUUCAGGCGUAGUAGUGCAAAAACACGCCAAGUAA